CGCGGGAUAUCGAGGUAACCUCCGAGUCCGACAAGUCUCCAAUGACAUUGUUUGGGAGCCGUCAAUUGACUUGAUGCCCUGACAGCAAGCACUGUGACCUCGAUAUCGUUCCCGUCCAAUCACGGAGAGUUCUUAUGGAGGGAAGUCAUCACAGUCACGUGUAAGUGACACCUUCCGGGCUGGUGAUUGCUCCCUUGCCUUCCAUCAGUUGUUGCCUCCCAAACACGUGACCCGUCCCCAUUUUUUCAAGUUCGCCCGAGUCCGUGCUGACAGCCGAGCCCCAAAAGAAAAGGCGGGUCCACGUCCCUCAACCCCGUGGAAACGCGAAGCUGUCACUUUGGAGAUCCAGGAAAUUACCUAACAGCACCCUGGAGAUAACCUCAUCUGCCUCCAUUACCUACCCUUACCUCACCUACCUCCCUUGCUUCACUCGAGAAACAUCAGAUCGCUGAGAAGAGCAGCCAUACUGGAAGUAAGUGCAAUUUUCUCCUCAAUUGUUCUUCUUCCUUGUCGCAUCUCACAUCACACAUUCCCUCGUCUUGCCUUUUAUCUUGCUGCUUCAUCUGAGCUCAGCCAGCCAGAAACACAUCCCUGGGGAACCUGCGGCAACAGAGGACACCAAUCCUCACACGCAAUUCCCACUCUUGGAGACUCGGUCCCGACGCAGGUCAGGGUUUGUUGCAGCACCUUACAGAUUGGAUACCUGGAGCACCUAGCAACACCGAGCAGCCGCAGCGGUAGCAGCAGUUACCCGUGGGACCUCUCCAGCGGUCCAACCUAUCCCGUAGGUCGGCUUUUGCAUCCGUGGCAUGAACCCCGGGCGCUUGCCUCAGCCAAAAACCCCCAUUUGCUACUGGCUCCAGCCUCUACCUACCUUGGACCUGCCCUGGACCACUGGCGGUACCACAGGCACAGUUUGCUGAGAAGCCACCUGGUAACUUUUUUUUUCGGCCUGUCUCUCCUUGCCAAGCUACCUGCAUCUGAACACGACAUCCAAGCCGUCUUUCAACCGCGUGGUCGAAACGCCUCCUCAAUCGUCCUUCUUCCUUCUUCCCUUUUACCCAAUUCUUGUUGUUUCUCCCCUUCAACAAACCCACCACCCCUCCGAGCAUCACCGCUCUCACCUUGCCUUUCAUCCUCAAGCAACCCAUCCAUUGUUGCGCCCACAUCUCCCUUUGCGCACCUUCCACCUGUAUGUUCCCCGAUCGGCGCUUGCCCCAGACAUCUCGGAUCAUCUGCUCCCGUGUGCAGAGCUCAGCACAAAUUGGACUCCAUUGCUAACUUGUCCAUUAUCCAGUCAUCCGAAUCUCUCUCUCUCCACAACUUCUCCAUCAGUGAGGCAUCGAAAAUACACCGUGACCCUCAACGGCACCCUGAGCUUGCGGCCCUUGAUCCGACAAACCGUGGUCUUUGCUGUUCUCAAUUGCACUACGUUGCAUAAUCUACCAUACCCCUUAAUACCCAUCUGGUAGCGUUCUCGCGCCAUCCACAAUCGCAACAAUGACAGUCUCCGACUUCCUCAACACCCAGACCGUGGGCGGCUACCUUGUCUGCUUCCUCGUCGCUGGUGGCUUGAUCUACAACUACUCUGGCAAGAAGAAGCCUGCGCAGAUUGCCAAGACUGCCAAGGCAUAUGUUGAGCCCAAGAAGGACACCAACGCAAAGAAGCAGCGUAAGGCUGCUUUUGCUUCACAAAAGCCCGAGGAGAAGGCUUCCACGAGCGCAGUCGACCCCUCUAGCACAUGGCUGAGCAAUGACCCUAAGGAGGAAGUUGAUAAUGCCGAUUUCGCCAAGAGGAUGGCCAGUGUCAAGGAGGGCAAGAAGUUUGAUGGCAAGUCUGCUGCUGAUGCCAAGAAGAAGAAGACCAAGUCCGUCAAGCAAUCGCGUGCUGCUGAGAAGAAGCUUGUCGAGGUCACCGAGGAGGAGGAGCCCGCCGCUUCUUCUGCCCCCGCCGUAGAGGCUGUCGAGGAAGAGGAGGAGGAGAGCUCCCCUGCCGCUUCCCCCGAGGUCACCCCUGCCGACCCCAGCGGCGUCAACGACAUGCUCGAGCCCACCUCAUCCGGUCCCUCCGUCCUCCGCCUGACCGGCACCGAUAAGGAGAAGCCCAAGGCCAAGAAGCAGAAGGCCCCCGAGCAGGCUGAGACCAAGAAGCAGCGCCAGAACCGCCAAAAGGUUGAGGCCAAGAGAGCCGCCCGCGAGGAAGAGGAGAAGGAGCGCAAGGUCAAGCUCGAGAAGCAGCGCCGCACCGCCCGCGAGGCCGCCGGCAUCCCCGCCAAGGACGGCUCCCAGUUCAUGGCCGGCGUCAACGGCAACAAGUCCGCCUGGACCGCCGGCUCCCCUAACGGUGCUUCUGCUACCAACGGCACCUCCGCUGCUGUUCAGCCUCUCGACACCUUCGAUGCUCCGGCCCAGAACGGCACCGCUGCCGCUGCUCCCGCCCAGACCUCCAACAACUGGAUCUCUUCCCUUCCCUCUGAGGAGGAGCAGAUCCAGCGCCUCAAGGAGGAGGACGAGUGGAACACUGUUCCCGCCAAGUCCAAGAAGUCCAAGAAGGAGAACCGUUCCCCUUCCCCCGAGGCUGCCAAGCCCGCCGCCGCUCCUGCUCCGGCUCCGGCUCGCCCCAUCGCCCAGGCCGUCCAGAAGCCUGCCUCCAAUGGCAAGGCUGCGAAGCCCGUCACUUCCAACUUUGGAUCCUUCUCCGCUCUCAGCACCGAGGAGGAGGAGUGGGAUGUCUAAGCGGUCACUACACCUACGAUUGUCAUUCUCCAGGAUAUUCCGCCCUCCCCAGAUGCGCUCUUCUCAACUACACCAUCGUCCUCGCGCCAUCUGGAUGUCACUUGUUAUUUUAACUGUACAAUACUUCUUCCUGGAGUGCGGCACACCUCAAAAAAACUCUCUCACACAUGCAAUCCUUUUGACGCCAUGAAGAAGACGCCAGCAUUGGUUCGAUCACGCUUCCGCGAGACGGCGGCCUCAUCGAGUAAAGGCGACAUGGCUUUGCUAUCGCAUACACGCAAACAAAAACGAUCUCGGCCACGGCAUGAGAUCUUGGAGUUGGGGGAUUACAUUGGCCAGCGGGCUGAGUGAUUUGCACAUGCCUUUCUUUUUUCUUCUUCCUUUUCGGCCUCGAGACUAGCCAGCUUAUUGAUGGAGGGGGAAAAACGAAGGAGAGAGUGACGCAGGAUCACGAUGUAUACGAGGAAGUUGAACAAAAGAGAGAAUGGGUCUUGGGCGGGAAGAGGAAUCAACAAAAUAUGAAACCUUUCCUUUAGGGCAGAUUGGUUGGAUCACAUGGGAAAUGGCCAUGCCCCUUCAGUCGUUGUGUGCUUUUUCCAGCACAGGUUCCCGCCAGAUAACUUUUCAAUGAGUCUUCUUUCCCACCAGUAAGCACCACGAGUAGUGAAAUGUUGUCGUCGUCUCCCAGGCAGAUGUGACUUAUUUGUGACUUGUUUUGUUGUCAUGCUACCGGGAUGGUGCCGGAUCAAGUGAUGACAUGGUAACGUGCAUCAUGUUAUUUCUCCACGUUAUUUUUAUUUUUUUGCAAUGCACAUGCUGGCGCUCCCCCCACCUCGACAUUUCAUCACGAUCUCUGCCCACUAAGAGGAGCCUUUAUGCGUUGUAGUACAUAGUUGGAUCGUCGCUGGAUCGAAGCUAGGAAGGGUGAUCGUGGCCGGGGGUGUUGGUUGGGGGCAUGUGAGAAGAAGUUGCGAGUCGGCCGGGCUUCCCGUGUAUCCCAGCUGGCUGACGCUACCUACCGCCCCUCCCGCAACCUAGGUACAGCGCAUCUUUCGCCGGCGUUGGCGGAGGGAUGGGAGGAGGUGAUUUGGUCUUCUCUGGUUUUUUUUUUAAAAAUUGUGAAGGGGGGCAAGUCGAAGAUGUUGGGUAGUGGUGCACCUGAGUUUGUCGGGUUUGUGGAGUUGGAUUUGGGGGGCUGUGUAGCUUACGAUGUAUGUGCUGGAGGAGAAGGAUGAAGAGGAGGAGGGGGUGUGCGAGGGAUGGUUUAGCUGCGAUUCAAG